AAGAAAGAUCAUCUCACCCGUCGACAGAAUUAACGCGGCCGAUAUCCGGUACGAGCUGGCACCAGGCUGAUAAGGGGAAAGCGACAGUCUGGAGAUCCCGGGACAGAGUCGGUAGAUGGAUGGAUUUUUAUCGAUAGCCGACAAGCCCUUUCCAGCUGACUCGCCCGCGACGCCUCCUCCCUCCGCUCUCCUCCUCCUUCUUCCAUACCUAUCGAGAGGCAUCCCACCUGACUCUCAUGACCGGAUGACUGAACUGGUCUCGCCUAGACCGAUCGCUCUUGUCUGGGCUCGACCCCUAAAACAUUGUCCGGGCCUAGUUUCGCUUCUCCCCCCCCCCCCUUUUUUUUCAUCUUUAUGUUCUCGCCCCCGAGAUCCCUUCUGAAAACGACGUUGAGUAGCCUUUUCUUCUUGGUCGCAAACGUCGUGACAAACCGAGUCGAUAUGGCCGCCAUGUUGCAGAAUCUCUCCAUUCAUGAGGCCGUCUCUGGGGUCUUCGGCAGCAUCAGCUUGACUGCAUGGAUAUGCUUGCUGCUCCCUCAGCUUAUCACGAACUAUAGAGCCCAAAGCGCCGAGGGCCUGUCCAUGGCAUUCUUGGCUGUGUGGCUCUUCGGCGAUAUUGCAAACCUGUCUGGUUCCCUCGUGACCGGGCUUGCGCCGACCGCCGCGGCGCUGGCUGCCUACUUCUGCCUCUCCGACGUCAUCCUCAUUUCUCAAAGCCUCUACUACAAAGCGAUGAACGCGCGGAGGAUCCGUCGCCGCGCCCGAUCAGCCGUAUCCGAGACUUUAGAGGACGAGCCGCUCCUACGACCGCGCAGGCCGUCCUCCGUCGGCCUCCCGGGCUCCCACCGUCGCCACUCUGUGCACCGCACCGAGUCUAGCCUCGACCCGAUCAAGCGAAUUGUUACCGGCGAGGACGAGACCCCAGAUAGUAACCCUUGGUUCCACAACACCGUGAGCGUCGCCGCCGUCUACGUGGUUGGCGCUACUGGCUGGUUUAUCUCGUACAAGAUGGGGGCGUGGGAGAACUCGGGCGGGGACAAUGGUGCAAGCACGCCGGCUGGUGAAUCGCCGACAGCUGUUAUCGGAGAGGUUCUCGGGUAUGCGAGCGCGUUAUGCUACCUAUGUGCCCGAAUCCCCCAGAUUGUGAAGAACUACCAAGAGAAGUCCUGCGAGGGCCUUGCGCUGCUCUUCUUCCUUCUCUCCCUGACCGGGAACCUCACGUACGGCCUCAGCGUUUUCAGCUACUCCUCGGAGCCGGCAUACGUUAUCAAGGCUAUCCCGUGGCUCCUCGGCUCGUUCGGGACCAUCGUCGAGGACCUCAUCAUAUUCUACCAGUUCCGGAUCUACGGCGCCCAAAGCCCGGUAGCUAAGCCCGACGGCGCCGAGGAAACGGCGUAAGAAGGGGAGUGAGGAGGCCAAGAGGAGUGUAUCGCCGUCGUAAGUCUUCUCAUUUUGGGGGUUUGGAUUCGCCCAUGCGGCAUUCAAAUAAGGUAUAUGGUUUAUCAUCACCGGCUCGAGCGAUUGAGUCGAUCAUGGGUGGUUGCAUCCCUCGGGCGUUACGCGUCGGUUUUUUUUUUCACUUCUUUGGGCCGUGCCUCCGCCUGGGGUCAAGUGUACAUGCAUACGUACGGAGACUGACUCGCCUAACCUGGCCUGGGUGAGAGGACGGGUGGGUGUGUUCAGUAGCGGAGUUUGCAUUCUUCUUCGGGAUAGGUCUGCUCCCCUUACUAAAGUCCGCAGUAUGGGGACGCACGUGGGAAUAUAAAAUAUCAGGGUCGGAUGACGAACUGCCCCCUCCUAUCCUCUCUCUCCCUGUGCCUAUCCGUCUGUCUAGCGAUCUUGAGGGCUAGGGUAGGCUGAUGUUGGUGUUGGGUUAUUCUCCGCUUUCGGGUCAUGCCAUACCACACGUUCGGAGGCUAGGUAGGUAGUUUGCACGACUUAUAACAGUAUACGGUAAGAAUACCGUAGUUGUGUAUUCGGUAGCGCUUCCAAGUACCUAAGAUGCCCACUCGGAGAUAGGUACCUAGCCUUGAUUAGAUCGCGAUGUUUACAUCGAUGUUUACAUAUAUGCUUAGGCACCUGGAGGUUCUGCUUUCACGAAAUCCAUGGUUAUCUU